UGAUGAUUAAAAUUUAUAUGAGCCAGGAAGACUACAAAGAGGAAAAUGUGAACCAGGAAGACGGAUUAAUACUCAAAGGGCUCAUAGGAUCAAGAACAGCAUUUGAAGAGAAGCUUCAUUAUUUCAACACUAGACAUGCUGAUGAUUCAAGUAUCUUUCAACAUGUAAUGGUCAAGAAAAUUAAAGACGGCUGCCCCACAAUUCCUCAAGAGAGGAGAGAAGCUGAAAUACUCGAAGAACUAAACCACCCUAAUAUCCUAAAAUGCUAUGGCUGGGAAUUUCUAGAAAGUAUAGAACAAACAUCCAGAAAAAGGCAGGAGCAUCUUGUCAUCCAAAUGGAAUACUGUCCUGGGCAAAUUACUCUCGAUUAUGAAAUUAGAAAAAGGAGAUUUAAAAGUCCUAUAGAUUAUUAUGAAGAAGACGAAAUCAUGAAGAGGUUUCUGCAAAUAGCCUCUGCGCUAAGAGAGGUGCAUAAGAACCAUUUAGUUCACAGGGGGCUCACACCAAAAGCUAUCUUUAUUCUAGAAGAGGAGAUCAAACUUGGAGGGUUUGGAGAAUCAGUAAAACUUGAAUAUCAAGAUGAGCUCAGGAAAUCCAUCUGAGGAGAAGAUUCCUACAGGUCUCCGGAGGCUUGUCAUGGAGAGGAAUACAACCAUUCAAGCGAUAUAUGGGCACUGGGCGUUCUUUUGUAUUAUAUGUGAACAUUCAGAAAUCCUUUUGAGGGGAUCACAAAGAAGCAAUCCCGGACGAAUAUAAUUGAAGGAAUUGAUCUUGAUCCAGUUGUCCCAAGAUACUCAGAAGGCUUACAACAUUUGUUGGAUAGAUUAUUGAUUAGAAUUCCUGGACAAAGACCCAAUAUUGAGGAUAUCUUUGAGUUUCAAUAUGUGAAGAGCGCAAUUGAGAGUCGAAGGCUUAGUGAUUUUUUAAAUAGACUAUCCAUUAGUCCAAGUAUGUCUAGUCAAGACUUAGAAAAUAGUAUAGAAGAAAGAAAAUCAGAUUCAGGAUAUCUCUCGAACUCUUCUGGUCCUUUCUCAAAUGGUAACGAUUCAUACAGUAUAUCUUCAGGAUAUUUGCGAGUUUCUUCUGGACGACCUACUAUUCAAAAAGUUAAAGAACCAAAUCAUACAUCUCACCCAGGCUUUGACACGAAAAGCACAUGUGAUGAUGAAACACAUUCAGAAUCUCACAUAAGAUAUUCAAAAAUUUCUCUAGAUCUAUCUAAAAAUCCCUCAUUCAAGAUGGAUGAGUUGCAAGAUGCUAUUCCCUUCAAGAAUUCUAAACUUUCGGAUUACCCCAAUAUGAAUCCAAAAAUGAAGUUAAAUAUCUACUCUAAUAAAUCCAAGCUAGAUACCAACCUCCAAUCCUCACCACAGGUUUAAACUAAGCUUUAUCCCCAAAUAAGUCCUAAUUCCCCAUCUCUUCUCA